CAGUUAGGAACAUACGCUAUUUCUCUUUCCGGUUCCGGUGUGAAUGUAGUGCAACGCAAAGAUGUUUGCAGAUUGCAUUUUGAUUGUAGCAAUAUCAAUAUGUACAGCUUUACUCGGAGAAGGUUUGACAUGGCUCUUGGUAUACCGAACUGAAACAUAUAAGAAGUUAAAGGCAGAGGUUGAAAAGCAGAGCAAGAAAUUGGAAAAGCAAAGAGAAAGUGAAACUUCAGACAGAGGGCAGAAAAAGAAGUUAGAGAGGCAAGAAGAAAAGUUGAAAAGUAACAACAGAGACCUAUCACUCGUGAAAAUGAAGUCCAUGUUUGCCAUUGGUUUUGCAUUUACAGCUCUCCUCAGCAUGUUUAAUUCAAUAUUUGAUGGCAGAGUGGUGGCCCGACUACCGUUUAUACCGAUAUCUCUACUGCAAGGAAUUUCCCACCGGAAUCUCCCAGGAGAGGAUUAUGGAGACUGUUCUUUCAUAUUUUUAUACAUUCUGUGUACCAUGUCCAUCAGACAGAAUAUUCAAAAAAUGUUGGGGCUGGCCCCAUCAAGAGCUGCCAGCAAGCAAGGUGGAGGUUUCUUCUCUCCUCCAACACAACUUACCAAGUGAUGUGCAUCAUUUCACCACACCAGAGACGUGUUAUAUAUCAAAGCAUAUACAUGGCCAUGCAUAGUCUUCUCAGCCUGGUGGCCUUUCCUCAGGAACACAAAUCUCCUUUUAUUCACAAACAUUACUGCAUAGGAUUCAUCAUAGAUAUGCAAAGAUUUUAUCACUUUACAAUUUGAAUAUGCUUGGAGUGAAUAUAUGGAGCAUUUAAAUGAGGUCAUUUUAUCGGAUUUUGUUAAUACAGAAUGAACAUUUACACCCAGCUUGAGCAAUGUGGUUGGGGAAUGUGUGCAUUCUCAUGCAAUACAUUGUUAUAGCCAAUAAAUACAUCUUACCCAA